AUGCCUUGCCACAACAACAUGCCAUGCCAUGGCAACAUGCUAUGCCAUGGCAACAUGCUAUGCCACCCUCCCCACCAAAAUGUAGCCGGCCGCUUGGCCGGCCUGACCGUCACCAGGGCAGCCUCCUCCUCCAACUCGUCGAUACCAGAUUCCUCCCACUGGGAACGUUUGCGCCGAACUGACGGCUUCGUCGGCCUCGGAUUUGUCCCUGAUGCUGGGACUGGUGGCGUUGAGGUCUGUAGGACAGCUGGCGCAGUUAAGGCGGUGCCUCAGGUGCCUUGGUCUCUUGUCCCGCAAAGGGGCCGCUCCCUCUGGUCCGCCCCUUGGCUUUCACAGUCGCUGGAGGGAGGUAGAGGACCCGGUGACUUCACUGCAGGUGCCAGCGGCAGAAAGUGGCAGGCGGUGAGUGAUUUCGCCGGCAGAAAGGUGGGGCUACUGUUCAAGGAGUGA